AUGAAUCGACCAGUGGUUUCUUUGACAUAUAACCGUAAUGGGAAGCGGAUUGUCAAGAAAGUGCCAUCUGUUCUGCGACAGAUUUUAUCAUCUGACAAUAAUAUACCGUUAACUUCCCAAGAAAAGGACCUCCUUUUCCAAUAUUUUGUGGAUAGUCGACUGACUACCCAAGCAUAUGAGAGACAAUGGGUGCUAGAUCUUCUGAGGAAACGCGGUGCUCAUGAAGUUGUGUUGAAGUUCGGAAGACGUCAUCUCUUUGUAAUAAACAAAUACGACACCACUAUGAAGUUGAAGACACCUUCGACCACAAUUAAUAAAUCUUUAUCAACAUUAACACCUGUAAAUAUUCCAAAAAAUAACGAUAAAGACAUUACAAGUAACUAUAUUCCUGGAAAACGGCCUACCAUCUUGAUAAAAGAUGAUGUAGUAGGUUCUGAAUUACGAACGUUUAUUUAUUCGUUGAUUUCAAUGAGACAUACAAGAGAACUAGAUACGUUCAUGCAAUCUAUUAUUUCACAAGUAUCACUAGAUAGACGAGGUAGAACUUGUGAUUUAAUAAGUUCCGUAUUCAAUGGACUAAUGAAUGUAGCACACGACGAUCCUGAUGCUGCAAGUAGAUAUAAGAUUACGGAUGCUACAACAAUAGAUAGAUGGGUUAAAUGGGUUAUAUUACUGAAUGGUAGUUGCGAAUUUGUCUCGUAUGCUGAUAAUAGAGACCUAUUAAGGAGAAUAUUGAACUAUCUUACAGAGAAAAAACGUACAGAUGACGAUAACGCUUUAUUUGAAUCAUUAUCAGAAGGUUUAGAUUUGGUAAAUAAACGUCAAGGAAUAACUGCGUCGUCACAAUUUGCCACUACAUUAAUCUACCUAGCAUCGUAUUGUAAAAAUUUUGAACUUGUGGAACAAUUAUGGAAAUAUAAAACUGAAAAUAAAUUUCCAAUAUAUGCAUCAGAUUUAACAACGAUUAUGAGAGCUUAUAAUUAUAAAGCUAAAUUUAACGAGGUUGCCGAAGCAUAUGAAUCAUAUCCCGAGGCUCAUCAUGAUGCAUCACAAUUUGAUUAUCUACUUUUAGCACACGCAAAGACAUUAAGCUGGACUGCAUUAAAACACCAGUUCGAUGCAUUAUUUGGAAUUGGAAAAUUACCAAAUAUACGGCAUUAUGAGAUCGUUAUGUAUUCGAUGGCCCUUCUAGGGAAUGUUAAAGAUAUUGAUAGAUUAUAUUCUCAAUUCUUAAGAAGAGGCAUGAUACCAACAUAUCCAAUAUUACAAUCACUUUUAGAAUGUCAUUAUAAAUCUAGUAAUCCUACUGAAUGUUUUCAACAAUUUCGAUUAUUUGAAAAAUAUUCUAUUAAACCUACAGCUGCCACAUACACAAUAAUGUUUAAAGUUUACAGAAAACUUAAUGAUAUCAGCAGUGCCUUACGUCUAUUGAAAGUGAUAACAGAGGAAAAUAAUGUACCAAUCUUGGAAGAACAUUUUGUCAUUAUAAUGCAAAUGUGUUCUCGGGUUACAAACCAUUUAAUUGCCAGAGAAAUAUUUAAUAUUAUGAAGGACCAUUAUGAUAUUCUACCUGGUGCAGUAUCAGUUUCUGCGUUAAUGGAUGUUUAUACAGAGGCAAAACAAUUUGAUGAUGCGAUAAAAUUAUUUGAAAAUUAUUCAAAACUUGAAAUGAUCCAAAGUGAUCCAGAUAGAAUUGCCAUUUAUACGAGUGCUCUGUAUGCAAAGUUAAAAUCAAAUGAUGAAACUGGAUGCGAUGCCAUCCUUGAAGAAGUCUCUUCAUCAAACAUCACAAUGGAUUCAAAAUUCUACAAAUAUCUGUUAAUGUAUAUGGUCAACAACCUAAAAGAUUAUGAUGGAGCAAAUGACUUAUUAAAGAAAUUAAUAAAUAAUCCAAAAUGGAUUGCAAGAGCAAAUACAAGUCAUUUCGAAGUCAUUAUGGAUGCUUAUUCACGAAUAUCUUACCAUGAUGGGAUAUUUAAAUUAUACAAUUUAAUGACUGACAACCAUAUCCCAGUAAAUUCUAAAAUCCUUUAUUAUCUGGUUAAAUCUACUUUUAAAGUACAAAUGUCUAAAAAGGAAGAUUUGACUAGAUCUAUUGAAUUUGUUGAUAAAAUUAUGACCAAUAGCGCAGAGAGUAAUCUAUAUACAUCCGAUAGUAAAUUCCAUCCUUCUAUAAUGGGUUGGGCUUUAAGGGCUGUGGCCAAAUAUUAUAGUCCCAAAAAGGCUUUAGAAAUGUUAAACAGAUACGAUAAAUUAUUUUACGAUCAAAAUACGAGAUCAGUAAACAAUAAAUUUUCAUUAAUGAGAUCACUGGUGGUCUUAUUUGCUGAGUUAGGAGACUGGGAACAAUUUGAAAUUAUGUAUCAGAAUAUUUGGAAUCAAUUGGAGAGAUAUGAGAAACAACCAACUUCUACAGUUCCUAAUAUAAAAUUAAGAUCAUUAUUUGUUGGUAUCUUCUCAUAUAAGAUUCGUCAUCUUAAACAAACACAACAAAUGGGGAAAUUACCUGAAUUAUUAAAUGUAUUGAAAAAUAGAAAUUUUGUGUUGGAUAAUAGCACAUGGAACCAAGCUAUUCUUGAAUUAGCAUCCAAUGAUCACACAAUAAAAUAUGCAUUGGAGUUAACAAAUGAAAAAUUUAUUCAUGGUUACAAUAUUAUUCACAAGAAUAGAUUAUUAACAAAACUGAAAAAUCAAUCAUUAUCAACCAUGAAUGAUUCAUGGUUUUUACAGAAAAAGAAAGAAAACCCUGAUAGUUUCAUACCGAAACUAUAUUUAGAAAGUGAAACAUUUGAUUUACUGUAUAAACAUUUAGAUUCUUAUUUGAAUGAACAAACUGAUACAGAAGGUGUUCUUAAAGAAUUGAUAAGGAAAUAUGGUUAUUUUAUGAAAAACUAUUUAAUGUCAUCACAACAUGAAGUUCGUAAUUGGGAUCUCAUUGAACGUAAUCAUCAUUCCUACUUUCAAGAAUUGAGAAAGACAAAACGUGUUAUUCCUGUUCUAAAAUUUUAA